AUGCAUUUGACGGCGAACGGCGGCCAGGCAGUCAACUACCAGGCCCCCGGAGCCGCCGGGUACCAGCUUACCUGCCGAUCGUUCCUGGUGGCCCUCCUGCUGGCCGUGGUGAUGAUGUUCUGCACGGCCUUCCUCAGUGUGGAGGUGUACCAGCGCCUGCGCGCGCCGCAGCCAACCAACUUCGCCGUCCUUGACGAGUACAGCCGGCUCCUGAAUGAGAAAACCGAGGCCGAGCUGCUUCUCUGGCACAUCGGGUAUCUACAACAGGGCCGCGCCGAUGUCAAGGUUGAUGUUCAGCCCUCCAUGUCCAUGCAAUCCGGCGUGUCGCACGAGUCGUCGCCGAUCCCCGUUCGGCCGCGAUCGGACGCCCCCCUCCGGCCAUCCCAGAUUUCUACCUCCCCCUCACGCCGGUCGCGCAAGAAGACCGGCGGCGACGUGGCCAGCAUCGGGUCAAGUUCCCUUCCGCCGAGCAGCCCACUGUCACACUCCCCCGGGGGAGCCCUGGCCGGCGGGCCUGCCAUCCUCGCGGGGCACCAUGCCCCGUCGUCGGCCAGCACGGCCGAUGUCUCGGUGCUGCGUUUGAUUUCCGGCGUCGAGCGCCGCCGCCGUAGUGACUCCAUCCUGGCAAACCUGCCGCCCAAGCUCGCCGACACCGGCUCCUCACUCAGUGCCUCGGACAUUGCCCUCCAGUCUCCCGGGCGGAUGUCCGACGCUGGUGCCCCGGGAGCCGGCGCCGGGAUCAGCCCGGGUGCCGGGCUUUCGGUGGCCUCGCCUGCGUUGGCGGAUGCCGGAACCGGCGCCGGGCCGCUUUCGCCCCACGUGCCGGUGACACCGGCGGGAUCGGCAUCGGCCCCGGCCGCAGCCAGCCAGGCCCCCGAGCUGGCAGCGGCCCCGACAGCCAUGGACCCGAAGAAGGCCGCCAUGCUGGCGGUCUACGCAUCGCUCAAUGGCCAGGAGCCGAGUGUGACACUGGAGGGGACGGAGAUCGUCAGCUCCCUGGUCCCCGGGGCCUUUGACGAUGUGUUUGCCUCGGUCUUCGACAUGACUGACGAUGUAUUCCUGUCCUUCCACCGGCGGUGUCGGAAUACCGGCAUCACGGCGCACGGCCAGGCCGCGGACUUCACCGGUGACGGGCCAUGGAACCCCUCACGCGAGGCCGUCGGCGGCACGCGCGACAUCCAGUACUCCAUCCCCAUCAACAUCCCGAUGACCAGCAAGACCUCCACCCCCUGCUUCGAGACCCAGAUCAUUUACAAGUAUGAGCCGGCGUACAUUUGCGUGGAGACCAUCACCCGCACGCCGGAGGUCCCCUUCGGCGAGUGCUUCGCCAUCCAUUGCAAGUACUAUUUCAUCGGCCGGACCCCCGGCGAGUCGCGCUUCGUGGGCACGGCCCAGGCCAAGUUCUCCCGGUCGACCAUGUUCCGGUCCAAGAUCGAGAAGACCUCCAUGGAUCAGAUCAAGGUGACCAUGAACUACUUGCUGGACUCGAUUCGGGACAAGUUCCAGUCGCGUGACUCGACCGGAGCCGCUGGGCUCCUGUCGGCCGGGGCCGCCGCCGGAUCCGGCACGGCGGGCACCCAUGCCGGCGGGGCUGGUGCUGCGGCCGGCGCGGCCGGCGGGGCAGCCGGCACCGCCGGGGCCAAGGGCCUCGGGGCCGAUGGCUCUGCGGCUGACUCGGCGGCCGCCAACAAUCGCGGCCUGGUGGCCGGCCUGGCCGGCGGUCUGCUGUCUGUCGUGACCGGCGCCUUGGGCACCGUGGGGGGGCUCUUUUCCGCGGUGUCCGGGGCGGCCAGUGGGUCCGGGUCGCCAGGUGGCCAGCCGGCGCCCGGGCAGAAGGAGGGGCAUGCCUCGUCCUCCCGCCAUCACACUCGCCUCACCACCCACUCCGGGAUGGUGACCACCGCCUUCGGCACCCCGGCCAAGAACGCCGUCUCCCUUGCCACCGGCACCGCCUCCAAGGCCGCCGUUAUUGCCAAGCAGAACGAGAAGAAGUUCACCCAGUCCCAGAACGUCACCACCUCCUUCUCCAACUACCAGCCCCGUCGUUUCUACUCCACCAAGUUCCCCCACAACGACGCCAUGUACCCCGUCGACAGCCCGAUCGAUGAUCCCACCCGCCGUGCCUUCACCUACUUCAUGAUUGGCUCCGCCUCUUUCGUUGCCGCUGCCUCCGUCAAGAACCUGGUCACCGAUUUCCUUGCGGCGCCCCCUGCGUCCCACUUCGCCCGCCACGGGCAGACCCCUGCGCUGCCGCAUACUGACCAUCAGGAUCCCCCCUCCGCGCUCCCCCCGACGCCAUGCGCCAACAGCAACCUUUCCGCCUCGGCUGAUGUCCUGGCCCUUGCCAAGGUCGAGAUCGACCUGACCACCAUCCCCGUCGGCAAGUCCCUGGUCGUCAAGUGGCGCGGCAAGCCCAUCUUCGUCCGCCACCGCCCCCAGUCCGAGAUUGACGAGGCCAACUCCGUCGACAUUUCUACCCUGAUCGACCCCCAGACCGACGCCGAGCGUGUUGUCGACCCUGAGUGGCUGGUCCUGCUCGGUGUGUGCACCCAUCUGGGCUGUGUCCCCAUGGGCGAGGCUGGCGACUACAACGGCUGGUUCUGCCCCUGCCACGGCUCUCACUACGAUGUGUCCGGCCGCAUUCGCAAGGGCCCGGCUCCCCUGAACCUGGAGAUCCCGCCCUACUCCUUCAUCGAGAACAACACCAAGGUUGUCAUCGGUUAA